GUAACUUUAUUUAUACGGCAAGCUCAUAUUUACAGUGGAUCCACAGCCUCAACCAUGGAGCGACCUGCCUUCUGGAAAGUGCCUAGAGACCUCGACCAGUACCAAGUAUCAGAGGGAACGAGUGAGUCGAGGACUUUCGACCAACCUCAGCAACAAAACCCUCCUGGGGAAAAACCCGCCCUUUCUGCUUUAGCGAGUUAUUCUCUUGGCUUCGCUAACCUCGGAAUCAAGAACAACCCCAUAACCACCGUGAGAUCCACAGAAGACGCUUGUCAACCUAUGAUAAGUCCUCUUGCUAGUCCCUUAGAGAAACCUGCGUUAUCCGCACUCGCAACACAGUCUUUGGGCUUCGUAGAUCUUGGGCUGAAGGUCCAGCCAGGCUCGGCUGGUGAUGGAGUAGUGCAAAGAGGUGACUUGGUCCGCAAGAUCUCCGACUACGACAGCCGCGACAUCCGUCAUCAGGAUGUCCAGACGCUCUUCAAGAACGCGGGGCCUUCCAUCAAACUGGUCAUUUCCAGGGAACACAAGGGUAGUGCCCCCGUGAGUAUGCCCGGGUCUCGCGCCAGCAGUGUGCCUCCAACGGGAGCUCUUCCUCAGCCUCCCAGCACCCUCCGGGAGUCUCCGUACAUCAUGGCCAGCCUGAACCCCGCUCUGGUCAACCAUCCUCGUCCAUUCGCCGCCUCCCCGCAUCGUCAGGAGCUCGAGGACGAGAUGCAUCUUGUCGUUGAACAGCCAUACCGUACAACCCCCCUGGUUCUCCCAGGAGCUAAGGUGAAGAAGGAUGAGUAUCCGACAGAAUCGUACCUCCGUCACCACCCCAACCCCUCCAUGAGAGCCCCCCCUCCACCCCAUGGUGUGCCCUUCGAGGUCAUGCACAAGCAAAAGGUUGCAGAAUCAGUUCUUCAGACGGUUGUCGGCGACGACCCAAGAAAAAAGGUGGUGUCCCAGUUCAACUCUCCAAUUGGACUGUACUCAGAAGACAACAUUGUAAACACAAUUGCACAACAGACAGGGGCUACUCCGGUUGUUUAUCCACCACCAGCCUGGUCCCCGAAUAGGCUGAGCUACAAGAAGACGGUGGUGUACGACCCGGCCAAGUCCGAGACCUACAAGGCGUUAAAGGAGUCAGAGUUCGGUGACACCGUUCAGGAGAUUCCCACCCCCGUGGAGCCUAAAGUCUUCUCUCCCGCCAAAGUCAAUACCAAGAAACUUGAACAACUCCUCAGGGCAAAGACAACGCCUCACAGAUCUUCACAAGCCCACGCAGUCCCCGGCCCUGUCCACAAUGUCAACUCCGUUGGUCACCAGGACACCAUUCAGCAGAGCAACACGUUCAAGCGGCUCAUGCACAUGGUGCUAGAGGAGGAGAGCUUCUGAGCUAGCGAACCAGCAAAACUAGCGAGCUAGCAAACUCACCAUACACCGGGUGUGGCCAUCAUCUUCUUGCAUACUGUUAUGUGUUCACCCUCGAUAUUGUAAAUUUAUUUAUGUAUAAAAUAAUUACACUGUACAGGUAGAUUAAACCAGUAGCCGUUGGAAAAGUGUAAAAGUAAUUUUUAUAUCAGGAGUAUUCGGUUAGCUGUCCGUUGGUGUGCUGUGACUAACAGGGAUGCCUGUGAUCCUAAUAUUAACACAAAGCCAAAUAGUUUUAGUGAACAAAUAUCUACGAAUAUUUGCCUGAGUGUAAGUUCUAGUCAUGCGUUGACCUCUUCACCGUCACAAGAGGCCAACCUAUUAUCUGUAAUCGUAUUAAUUUAUUUAGGUUAUUUUUGUUUAAGACUCGUUAAGUGCUUCUUGAGAUAAAAAGUAACAUUUUCGGACGUGUAGGUAGAUUCUGAUUCUUUGCAAAACUUUGUGAGCUACAAAUGUUUAUUUUUAUUUAUCUAUUUUUUCUACUUGUUUUAAUAGGUGAACAAGCCAAGUUUCGACUGAUUGUGAAGCCAUAUUAAGGUGUAAAUUUGAAUUCUCAACCUCACUAGGACUGUUUCUACUUUAAACGAUGAUGUUACCAUUAAAUUAUGUAAAAAUGUUAUCCUGAUAUGUAAAAUAUUUUAAAUAAACUGUUAUAGUGUUA